AUGGCAUUCCAAACCGCCCGAAAGACAGAAGCCAAAAAACGUAACCGUUCGCAAGACGAAAGUAAGAGGGCAACAAAGAAGCACAAGAUAUCAGAUCAGGAUGCGGUUGUUCCCAAACUUACCCAACAAUUCAGUGAGGUAGCACGGGAUCAUCUUCAAAUGGCACUGGUAGACGAAACUUCCAACCGCGGCAAACCUGAGCUUGACAAAUGGUCGGAGAUUGAGGCACUGUUGUCUCCCAUAAUCGUCGACCAUUUCAUGGCGAACUCGGAGGGUCAAUCGCCAGGUUUCGACUCGGUGGAAGUGGUUCGCGGUUGCCGGGUAAUCAAAUGUGAUGACCAGUACUCAUUGCAUUUCCUGACAAACGCGAUUGGCGAUAUUCAGAACAGCUGGGAGGGCUUGAGGCUCAAGCUCAUUCCAGCCAGCGAGAUACCACGAAGGCCGAGGGCUCGCAACUGGAGUUUGAAGCCAAUCAACUAA